AUGACUAUUGUUAAUGAUCUUAGAUCACUUGGUAAAAAAAUUUCUGAUGAGGAUCUUGUGAGAAAAAUUUUGCGUAGUUUAACAGAUACAUGGACAGCUAAGGUAACAACAGUAUAUGAAGCAAAGGAUCUGUCAACCUUGUCUUUGGAACAGCUUAUUGGUUCCCUUAUGACUCAUGAGAUGCUGAUUGACUCUAAGUCUGACAAGGAACCAGCCAGAGGCAUGGCACUGAAGGGAACAGUAGAAGAAAAAGAAGAUGAGAUCAACAUGAUUGCAAAAAGAUUUGAAAGAUCUCUUCGUGAUCAAAAGAUGAAUUUCAAAGGUAAGAAUUUCAAAAAUAAAAAAAAAUCUAACUCUUCCUCACCUUCAGGUUGCUUCAAGUGUGGUGAGAAAGGACACAUCAUUCGUGAUUGUCCAAAAUGGAAGGACAAGCAAUCUCAAUCUGGAGAUAAGAGGGCUUUCAAGAAUGCCAUGAUAGCAUCUAUGUGGGGAGAAUCUGACUCAGGAUCUGAUGAAGAGGAAGAUACACCUAGUUCUGAUGUUUGCUUAACUGCUUUCACAAACAUCAAGGAGAACAGCACUGAGAUGGUUUGCCAUAACUUGAAAAAUCAAGUUGCUGAACUAGAAGUUGAAUUGGACAAGUGCAAGGUAGAACUAGGAAGGGCAAGAUCUUCUGAACUUGACUAUCCGAGUGAUGGUGAAGAAGAUUUGAUCUCCUGGUUCCCCAGAGACUUAUCAACUACUAGUGAAGUCCUUGAUUUUUCAACAGUCAUAAGUAAAGCAAAUUCUUGCAAUAGAACUUUUCUGUUGAAGGCCUUUGAAACAUUGGCUUUCAACUUAGAAAAUUCUCACAAAGAAAUUGCUUCACUUAAAGCUGUUCAGCCCCCUGGUUCUCCUACUGGAACCAGCAUUGAAGUCAGCAGUAUGAUUAAUGAAUAUGAAAGUACUAUCUGUAAGUUACAUGCUGAAUUUAAUCAACUAAAAAGUGAAAAGCAAUCAGUAGUUAUUGACAUGUCUAAUGAACCUAUGGUUUUAGAUCUUAACUUACAACUUGCAACUUUAAAAAGUAACUUUGAGUUUUUGAAAGAGAAAAACGAGUUGAAAUCAGCCAAGGCUUCAGCUAAGAAAGGAAAGGAGAAGACUCAAGCAAGUGAGUCCACUCAAUUGAAGGAGAACACCAUCACUGAAACUAACCCUGCUCCGACUUUAUCGAGCAAUUCACCUCUGACUACCACAAAGAACCCAUCACCAACUCCGUCUCCAUCUUCUAAAUCUCCCUCACCUCCACCUCCCAAAAAUGCACCUUUACCCAAAACCCCUGAGGCUGAUGAUUCCAUCAUCAAAGAACCUGCCUCAUCUCAGGGGGACCAGCCCAAAAGCGCUGAAGAAUUCUUCAAUACUGUUGGAGAAAGGGAAGAGGAGGAAGUUAGAAGUGAAGAAGCGGAUCUACAGAUUAUUGGGCAGAAAAAGGGGACUUCAAAACCCUUGGUUCACAGCAGAGUGACUAGGUCUUCCCUGAAAAACAUUGGCGAAGUAGUAGUGGAGGAACAGUCGAUGGACUCUGCUGGUACCAAACGAAAGAGAACAGCACGGAAGUCUACAAGAGGUAUGUCAGUAGAAUCUCCAUCUGUUGGUAUGACUGAUUUAGGUUAUAGGGUUGUGCUAUCUGGUUGUAAAACAGAAGUUGGUUAUUUUGAUGAAAGUGCCUUAAGUGAUGUGAAAGAAUUGUUAGAAUAUUAA